AUGGUUCACAUUGAUGAAGAGAUGGGACCUAAAACAGAUUCGACUUUGAGUUUUGAUUUGACAUUGCAGCAGGGUAGUCACACCAACAUCCAUCUCCUGGUAACUACGUACAACCUGAGGGAUGCCCCAGCUGAAUCUGUUGCUUAUCAUGCCCAAAAUAAUCCUCCACCUCCUCCAAAGCCACAGCCAAAAGUUCAGGAAAAGGCAGAUAUCCCUGUUAAAAGUUCACCUCAAGCUGCAGUGCCCUAUAAAAAAGAUGUUGGGAAAACCCUUUGUCCUCUUUGUUUCUCAAUCCUGAAAGGACCUAUAUCUGAUGCACUUGCACAUCACUUACGAGAGAGGCACCAAGUUAUUCAGACUGUUCAUCCAGUUGAGAAAAAGCUCACCUACAAGUGUAUCCAUUGCCUCGGUGUGUAUACCAGCAACAUGACCGCCUCAACUAUCACUCUGCAUCUUGUUCACUGCCGGGGUGUUGGAAAGACCCAAAAUGGCCAGGAUAAGACAACUGCACCGUCUCGGCUUAAUCAAUCUCCAGGUCUGGCACCAGUGAAGCGCACUUAUGAGCAAAUGGAAUUUCCCUUGCUGAAAAAGCGAAAGCUAGAUGAUGAUAGCGAUUCACCCAGCUGCUUUGAAGAGAAACCCGAAGAGCCUGUUGUUUUAGCUUUAGACCCCAAGGGUCAUGAAGAUGAUUCCUAUGAAGCCAGGAAAAGCUUUCUAACAAAGUAUUUCAAUAAACAGCCCUAUCCUACCAGGAGAGAAAUUGAGAAACUAGCGGCCAGUUUAUGGUUGUGGAAGAGUGACAUUGCUUCCCAUUUUAGUAACAAAAGGAAGAAGUGUGUCCGUGAUUGUGAAAAGUACAAGCCUGGUGUGUUACUGGGCUUUAACAUGAAAGAAUUGAAUAAAGUCAAGCAUGAGAUGGAUUUUGAUGCCGAAUGGCUGUUUGAAAAUCAUGAUGAAAAGGAUUCUAGAGUCAACGCUAGUAAGACUGCUGACAAAAAGCUCAGUCUUGGGAAGGAAGAUGACAGCUCCUCAGACAGUUUUGAAAAUUUAGAAGAAGAAUCCAAUGGCAGUGGCAGCCCUUUUGACCCUGUGUUUGAAGUAGAGCCUAAAAUCCCUAAUGAUAACCUGGAGGAACAUGUAUCAAAGGUGAUUCCUGAGGAUGCUUUAGAAUCUGAAGAGAAGCAAGACCAAAAAGAGGAGGAUGGUUCAAAAUACGGAACUCUUCAUUUGACUGAGGAACCAGCCAAACUAAUGCAUGAUGCUUCUGAUAGUGAGGUUGACCAAGAUGAUGAUGUUGAGUGGAAAGAUGGAGCCUCUCCAUCUGAGAGCGGGCCUGGUUCCCAGCAAGGUUCAGACUUUGAGGAUAAUACAUGUGAAAUGAAACCAGGAACCUGGUCUGACGAGUCUUCCCAGAGUGAAGAUGGAAGGAGCAGUAAGCCAGCUGCCAAAAAAAAGGCUACCAUGCCAGGUGACAGAGAGCAGUUGAAGUGGAAGAAUAGUUCCUAUGGAAAAGUUGAAGGGUUUUGGUCUAAGGACCAGUCACAGUGGAAAAACACAUCUGAGAAUGAUGAGCGCUUAUCUAACCCCCAGAUUGAGUGGCAGAAUAGCACAAUUGACAGUGAGGAUGGGGAGCAGUUUGACAGCAUGGCUGAUGGGGUAGCUGAGCCGAUGCAUGGCAGCUUGACCGGAGUGAAACUGAGCAGCCAACAGGCCUAGGUGCCAGGUGUCCCAGCAUCAGUGACAUGCUACAGCCUGGAGCUCUGUUCUCCUUCCAUUGUGACUGCACAGCUGUCUUCUCACUGGUGCUGCCUCAUGAGUACUGGUUAGUGGGCUGUGGGGAUACAUGGCCACUGCAGUCCCAGUGGUUAUUUCUAAGUCUAUGACACAUGAUUGAUUGAUCUUGCUUCUGAAUCUUCUCUGACAGACACAGUAACUAAAUGUGAAAAACCAAUAAGCUGGUGGCUCACGAACGCACACAAGGAAAAGCAGAGGUUUACUUUAUCUGCCUUCUCAACCUUCCCUCUGUAAAAUGAUUGGAUGUCCUUGAGAAGCGUUAUUCUGGUUCACACGGUAGUAUAGGGCCAACAUACAAGCUACCAGUCUAAUGUGUAUAGUAGACUUUGGAAAAAUUGAUUUUUUUUUCAUGUAUUCAUUCUGAAUAGUUGAAAUGUAUAUUUGUACAGUCUUUUAGACCUAUUCAAGUGAUGCUUAUGAUAUUGUUAUUGUGUGCUCAUCAUAGAUUUGUUUCUUAUUUUAGUGUUGCCCUUGCUGUGUAAUAAAUGCUAUAUCUAGUUUAUCUAGCAAAAGCUUGAAACUGCUCUAGUAUGGACUUUUGGACAGACUUAGUUUUUGCACAUAACCUUGUACAAUCUUGCAACAGAGGCCAGCCACAUAAGAUAUAUAUCUGGACUCUCUUGUAUUAUAGAAUUUUUCUUGUUCUGAAUAUCCUCAACAUUACAGCUGUCAAAAACGAAAAUGUAUUUCAGAUCUGUUUUCUGAAAUCUUUUAAGCUAAAAUCACAUGCAAGAAUUGACUUUGCAGCUACUAAUUUUGACACCUUUUAGAUCUGUAUAAAAGUGUGUUGUGUUGAAGCAGCAAACUAAUGACUGCUGCAUUUUGGAUAUUUAGUUUUAUCUUUAGUUAAACACCACCCUGGUGUAUUCAUUUAUACCAUCUAAUAUAUGACACACUGUUGUAGUAUGUAUAAUUUUGUGAUCUUUAUUUCCCUUUGUAUUCAUUUUAAGCAUCUAAAUAAAUUGCUGUAUUGUGCUUAAUGUAAA